GCUCGGUCGCCACCUCCUCAGUCAUUCGCGCGCGUCGUUUGUGGCGACUUGUCUGCGUUUCGCUCGCUCUUAUUGCAUGCUGUAUUUACAAUUUCAGUGUUGUUGUUAUUAUCAUUGAACGUACUAAACAAGUGACUAGUGUUUGUGACAGUGUGAAAUAAUACAGUUGCUGUAUAGCAGGAUUAAUUGCGUGCUAUUUUGUGGUUUGCGAGAAGCAGACAGCCACGGCAGGCGCCGAGCGCAGCUCGGGACAUGCGGUCAGAGCGUGGAGGGCGCGGCGCUGCGUGAUGUGGCGCGCGUCCCGCGGCCUGCCGCCGGCGGCGUGGGCGCUGCCGCUGCUGCUGGCGUGCGCCAGCCACGCCGCCGUCGUCAACAAGCUCGCCCCUGGAAUAUGUCCAUCUUUGGAUAUAAGAGGCUCCCCGGAGAACAUGCAGAAGCUACGGGGCUGCCAAGUGAUAGAGGGCCAGCUAAGCAUAGUGCUUAUGGAGCACGCAACUCCCAAGUCCUUCGAGAACAUAUCCUUCCCUGAACUCAGGGAGGUAACAGACUUCAUCAAGAUUUACAGAGCGAAAGGCAUACGCAACCUUGGCGAUAUAUUUCCGAAUCUGACUGUAGUGCGAGGGUUGCAGCUCUAUAAAGAUUAUGCUAUUGUGAUUUAUGACAGCGCACAUCUUGAGUCACUGGGACUCCGCUCUUUGACGAAGAUUGAACGGGGUGCCGUUCGAAUCCAACUCAACGAUCGACUGUGUUAUACCAACACGAUAAAUUGGAGUGCGAUUGUGAGCGAAAAUGAUCUGCCUAAUAUUAAAAUCAAUUCCAAUUACGACAAUCGACUUUGCGGCCUGUGUCCGAACGCGCAAAGCCGGAAUGCGCAAAGUAGGAACAACAAGGAACAAAAGCCUUCGCAGAAGCAGUGUCCAGCGGACUCUACGGGCCGUCUGCUUUGCUGGGACGACAAACAUUGUCAGCACAUAUGCCCGAUCGAGUGCGAGCCGCAGCACGGCUGCACGGCCGACGGGCGCUGCUGCAACGCGUCGUGUCUCGGCGGCUGCACCGGCAGCACUGCCAAAGACUGCUACGUGUGCCAGAACUUCUCCAUCGGCUACGGCUCCGAGCGCCGCUGCGUCGAGCAGUGCCCAGCUAACACUUACCAGCUGGCGCGUCGUUGCGUCACAGAGCAAGAGUGCCGCCAGAUGCCGGUGCCUACGCCCGGCUCGAUCGACCUGAACCGGCCGGCGCCCGUCAUCAAUGCGUACAAGAUCCUCAACAGGACCUGCGUCUACAACUGCCCUAGCGGCUACAUGGAGGACGGUGACGUCAGCAACGCUCGCUGCACGCCGUGUCCAGGCCAGCGCUGCAAGCGGGAGUGCACCGGGGCCAAGAUCGACUCGGUCGCCGCGGCGGAGCAGUUCCGGGGGUGCACACACAUCAAGGGCACCCUGGAGAUAGCGGUUCGGGCCACAGGCGGUAACACCAUGGUCACAUUGGAAUCGUUGGGCGAGAUUCGAGAGAUCCACGGGUGCCUCAAAGUGACGAGAUCUUACACGCUCAUCUCAUUGAUGUUCCUGAAAAACCUCAAGAAAAUCACCGCUAUACCAACAGAAAACAAAGGUCAAGCCUUACACAUAUUCAACAACCCCAACCUGGAAAUAUUGUGGGAUUGGUCAGUUCACGGGCCGCUGGAUAUAACUGGAACUCUGUACAUACAUUUGAACCCGAAGUUGUGUUACCAUCAAAUACUGCCUCUUCAAAACAUGACUAAUCCGCGAUCGAAUUUUACCGAGAUAGAAGUUUCUGAAGAUAAUAACGGCGACCAGGCUUCAUGUUCUCCCAAAAGCCUCCAGCUGAAGGUGAGCAAGAUAGGCCGCAACUGGGUGGUGCUGCAGUGGGACACGUAUUGCGUGGCCGACAUCCGCAAACUGCUGGGUUACUCCAUCUACUACAUCCCGGCGGAGAAUGACGUCACGCUCUAUGAGCACAGGGACGCGUGUUCCGACUUCUGGAACGUCCUCGACUUCACCAUCGACGAGGCGCGCGGCCACAGCAACGGCAGUAACGACGACUCCAGCCAGCUGCUCGGCGACAUCUGCAAGCAGUCGCAGCCGCAGUUCAAAAUCAUCCGCUCGCUGACGCCGUUCACGCGGUACGCGGCCUACGUCAAGACGUAUACCACGCAGCAGGACAAGAAGGGAGCGCAGAGCCCGAUCAUUUAUUUGCAGACGCUGCCUGGACGCCCCAGCCCUCCAGCGGGCCUGACCGUAGAGUCAACGGGCCCGCACUCCGUGAAGAUCAAGUGGUCGCCUCCCACCAUGCCCAACGGGACCAUCAUGUUGUAUCAUGUCAAAAUACAGGCCAACAGCUACAACCGGCCCAAGAUCCUUGCCUGGCGCAAUAAUUACUGCGGCAAUCCGAAUGCAUUGGCGAAUAUAAUCGCCGGUCGCGGCGAGAAUAUUCCUGAGAAGGAGGAAGCCAAGACGACGGGGGAGGUGAAGAAUGGCUCUUGCUCGUGCAAGGAGGAGAAAUCCGGAACUAAGUUCACGUCGCGCGCGGAGGAGGAGCGCGACGAAACCAUCAACUUUGAGAAUGGCUUGCAAAAUACGGUGUACAUAAAAACAUCGAGGAAUGAUAAGAACUACGAGAGCUCUGGAAACAGUCGAGCGCGAAGAUCCGUCGACAUGACGCUCAAUAGUAUGCUGGUCAUCCUCACGGAGAACCACGACCCCGUCCUCGGCCUAAACUACACCAACACUACGGACAACGAAACCAAAUGCAGUCGCGUCCAGCCUAAUGUUUGCGUCGUAAAGGACAAUACUACAGGGUACGUCCAGUCGUUGUACUACGAGUUGUCAAACAACACCAAGUCUCUGACCGUGACUGACAUGCGUCACUUCACUUGGUACACUGUCAACGUGUGGGCCUGCCGCCACAAGUAUGAAAAUGAGAGCGACGAAGAGUACGCCGACACAUGGUGCUCUAAGCGCGCAUUCAACACCUUCCGUACGCUUGAACUCACAAACGUAGACGUAGCGGCCCGCUUGCAAGCGGAGGUGCUGCCCUCUAACAAGACCUUGCCUGAAGUGAACGUGACUUGGGAGCCGCCGCAGAACCCAAACGGAUUCGUCGUCGCCUACAACGUGCACUACACAAGGAUUGAGGACACCAAUCAGGCACAAGACGUGGGUCUGCAGACGUGCCUGAUGGCGGACGACUACGAGAGCAACGGGCGCGGCUACCUCAUCCGCAACCUGCUGGCCGGCAACUACAGCAUCCGCGUCACGCCCAUCACCGUCAGCGGCGCCGGGAAUGUGUCAGACAUCUACAUUUACAUACCGGAGCGCACCGCGGACUCAGGCUACGAAUGGGUAUGGGGCCUAGUAGGCGGCUGCGUGGUGAUGUCGCUGCUAGUAGGCGGCGGCAUCUGGUACGCGCGGCGCGGGCUCUUCGCACCCCCAGCCGAAGCCAACAAGCUGUUCGCAAGUGUCAAUCCUGAGUACGUGUCGUCUGUCUACGUGCCUGACGAGUGGGAGGUGCCGCGCGCUAAUAUACAGUUCGUGAGGGAGUUGGGACAAGGAUCUUUCGGCAUGGUAUAUGAAGGAAUAGCGAAGAGCAUUGAAAAAGGCAAGCCAGAAACUCGGUGUGCUGUGAAAACUGUCAAUGAACAUGCCACUGACAGGGAGCGCAUCGAGUUCUUGAACGAGGCUUCAGUCAUGAAGGCGUUCGACACGUUCCACGUGGUGCGUCUGCUGGGCGUGGUCUCGCGGGGUCAGCCCACGCUGGUCGUCAUGGAGCUGAUGGAUCUCAUGGAGCUGAUGGAGUGCGGCGACCUCAAGACCUACCUGCGCUCGCACCGCCCCGACUCGGAGAGCUCGCUGCCCAAGAAGGGCGGCGGGAACCCGCCGACGCUGCAGAAUAUACUGCAGAUGGCUAUAGAAAUAGCCGAUGGUAUGUCAUACCUGUCGGCGAAAAAAUUCGUGCAUCGCGACCUCGCGGCGCGCAACUGUAUGGUGGCCGGGGACCUCACCGUCAAAGUGGGCGACUUCGGCAUGACCAGAGACAUUUAUGAGACUGAUUACUAUAGGAAAGGCACCAAGGGCCUACUGCCGGUGCGAUGGAUGAGCCCCGAGAGCUUAAAAGACGGGGUUUUUUCAAGUAGUAGCGACGUGUGGAGUUACGGCGUCGUUUUAUGGGAGAUGGCUACAUUAGCCAUGCAGCCCUAUCAGGGCUUAUCAAACGAGCAAGUGGUCCGCUACGUGGUGUCGGGCGGCGUGAUGGAGCGGCCCGAGCACUGCCCCGACCGGCUGUACGAGCUGAUGCGCGCGUGCUGGGCGCACCGGCCGCACGCGCGCCCGUCCUUCCUGCGCCUCGUGGCCGACCUGGCGCCCACCGCGCAGCCCUACUUCCGGCAGCGCUCCUUCUUCCACUCGCCGCACGCGCAGGAGCUGUACGCGUUGCAGCGCUCCGUCACAGACGAGGAGCAGGAGUUGCCGGAGGUGAACGUGGGCGCGGUGGCCACCGGCUCCGGGUCCAACCUGUUCGGCGUGUCGGGGCGGCUGGCGUCGUGGGUGCGCGAGCUGUCGUCGCUGCGGUCGCGCGCGUCCGACGACGCCGCCGCCGAGCCGCUGCAGCCCGUGGCGCCGCAUGAGCCGCGCGCAGUCAACGGCCAGCUGCCCGCCAACACCGGCUGCUAGCCCGCGCGCCCGCUGCUGCCCCGCCUGCGAGCGCUGCGUAACACGUAACCCUACAGCUGACAACGUUGGCUAAUGUCACAUGUAAGGCUGCUUUCAGAGUAACGAUGGCGGCACGCGCGUCUCAAAAGCGCGCGCAUGACCGACGGACCGCUGUGUCUUAAGCAGGGUACUCAUCUAGCCGUGUAGCAUGUAAUGUAUCAGAUACUGUACCAAGUGAGUACAUAGGCACGAACCCGCUGCGAGCUGCUCGCGCGUGGUUCGCAGGGAAAUCACAGCGACCCGCCGAGUGGCAGUAUCACUGCGAACACAAAGGCGGCUCGCAGCCAAAUACGCGAUGACCGUGGACGAGCCGUACUCACUUGAAGGUUGGUUACGUUAAAUACUACAUGGCAGAGUACCCUGCCUUAUUAUCGCGCGUUUCUUUGCGAUGUGUCGGACGGCGCGCGUCUCACAAACGGCGCGUUUGAACGUCGUGUCUAUGAAACGCAAAUACUACCAAGUGUAAUUGUAAGCGCGCGCGUGUGACUGGCGCCGGUCAAACGCUUGACUCUGAAAUCAGCCUAAGUGAUGAAUCAUGCGUGAACCCGAAAUAAUGUUGACGGUAUUUAUUUAGUCAGAAAACUUUUUCGUGUUGAGUUUCUUGCGCCGCGUUUAUUGAUCAUCGAUCUAUAAGUUGUCUCGAAGUAGUGGUAAACGAUUAAUCUUUUAUCAUAGUGAUAUUAAAUCUUUUACAUCUUUAAAAGUAUCUUGUAGUGCUACAACUACGAUUGUAAUCAUAUAAUUACAAUCUUUAUUUGUAGACGAUCUUGUAUUAUUUAAUUACAACAAACAUUAUAGCGGGGUCACAUAUGAACCCAUACUGUAGUUAUAGGGUUACAUUUUACUUAACGGUUCAAUCGACAGAUUUAGUCGACAGUCGAGCGUGACAGUGGGCAGCAGAGUACUCGGCGUGUAAACGCAAGCGGAUUUGGUCUCGACGGGAACGAUUAUUUCUAGGGCUGACGUUCACUCGAAGGGAUAAUAUUUCUGAUGUAACCGUCGUAACACUGAUUCAGUUGAAAAUUAUAAUCGCCCUUCGUUCUCUGCGAGACCGGGGCCGCUGGUUCUAUCUACCUCAGGUCGGCCGCCGUGGUGGGCGCGCGGCCGACUCUUCGAAUCCUAGUUGUAAGCGUAGCUAGUGAAUUGUUCGACGCGGGCGGUGCCGCUCGCCGCGUCGGUUAUUUAUUUGUCGGCGCGCGGGCCCGCGAGUGCCGUGCGCAGUUCUUUUCGUCUGACGAUUCGUUUCAUAUCAGGAAAUUAAUAUUUUUGCUGAGGCGAUAUUGAUGAGUCGAUCUGUUUCGACGCGAAUCCUAUAUAGUUUACCUCAAUAAAAUAGUUGUAUCGGUGUCAUUUUUGACAGAGCCUAUUAAUGUUAAGUUACGUUUAAGAUGUAAAGUGUGUAUGUAUAGGUACGUUAUCGCGUAGACUAGGUCGUGUACAAAUUAAUUUUAUUUAGUUCUUCGCAUGUGACCAGCGGUUUUCCGUUUUGAAAUAGUUUCAGACGAGUGGCGAAUUUGUCGAUAUUGUUGAAUUAAAGUUAUUGUUAAAAGCGCUUUUUGUUGAAAGUGCACAACAUUCUACGAAUUAGUUACUCGUGUGGCACUGUGGUACACUUUGUGCAACUGUUUAUAAUACUCGGUAUGUUCUACACUGGCUCUAUAUUUCUCCUCAUUAUUAAAAAAAAAAUAUAUAUAUAUUUUAUUAAAUACGCCAGCGAUACAAAAUUUAAUAAAUUAAUCAGGUGACUAAACAUUUUGACUUCCAUAUGGUGUUAUCAAUAGUUGCAAGAAGGAUGAGCUAAUGACAGACCAUACAAUGCAGACAGAAUGGUUUAAGAAUCUGAAAUCAAUGUGUUCUCAAUCAAUUACAAUGCAAUAGAAUUUACCUGCCAUUGUUGUUACAUAGUUAUAUUAUCUAAUAUUAUUGUUUUACUGUGAGAAAUAUACUCUACAUUUUAUAUUUGUAUAAAUGACCGCGACACUUAUACCUAUAUUAUCUAUUUAUGUAUGAAAUGCAACCGGUGUAAACAGUGGAAUUAUGUAUGUAAAGUAAAUAUAAAUGGAAAUUUUAGCGGUACCAUCUUGUUAUACUAUAUGUAUUACAUAUAAUAACUACGCUACAUGUGAAUGACUUGGUAUGUAAAUGGCAACUAAAUGUUUUAAAAUGUAUUUAUCUGAAUGUAAUAAAAUAAUCUCUUGAAAAUACAUAAUUAGUCAAAUUCUUGUGCAUACGUAGAUACAAACGCACAAUGACGUGAUCAUCUUUAUAGAACAAUAAAAUUGAGCUGGUGAAAAUACAAAAAUAGGAUCAACAUCAAUCAAGAUUUAAACUAAGUUCAUAGUUAUUAGUUCAUUAAACUCCACUCGCGAGCAAAAGUAUGGAAUCACCCCAUUCAUAAAAUAGAAGAUUAGUUUGUGUAAUAUAAUCUGUAUUUAAUCUAAUAUUUUCUCUUCAAAUAAAUUUCAAAUCUUUCUUAAUUUUAAUUAGUAAAAUACAAAUAGGUUUUCUCUACUAUGGGUUCCUCGUUUUUGUAUGUUCAUCAGCCGAAAUAGUUCAAGAUGGCCACGCGCGCUGUAGCGGUGUGUCUUCGAUUGUUAUGAUUAUAAUGUGGAUAAGAAAAUUAUAAAUCUUAAUGUAAAUUAUUCAGAAAAAGCAUAGUCGCGGGGUGGAAUUACAUAUUUUGUAAUGCAAUUAUUAAUAUUUUUAAUUGUUCUUAAUUAUAAUGUAUUACUUAUUAUCACUAAUUUAUAGCUAUCUCAAUAAUUUUAUUAUUCUGUAAAUUAUGCGCUAGCUACAUGUCUUCUAUCUUAAAUUCAUUGUUAAAAGGACUUGUGAAGGAUUACCUAUUGCUAACGUAAGUUUUAGAUAAAAUAGCUAACGGAGGAAUUCGAAUUAAGCAGGUUCAUAAAUUUAUAUUUUAUUAAUGAACAAUACCAAUUAAUUUUUACAUGUUGAAGGUAGUCAUCUAUAAAGUUAACUGUAAUAAUUAGACUCCAAUUUACAAUCCUGGACAUUGGACUGCAGACUUAGAAAUUUAUUGUGGUCCAGUGCGGUAAUAGUACUAUAACGAUAACGUGGUUUAAGGGUAUUAAACGAGUGCCUUCAAACAUCCAGCCUUCAACAGAAUGCAGGAUUGUUGAUUGUUUGA